UUGUCUGUUUUUAUUACAUCUUCUACCAGUGAGUUUUUUGUCCAUACUGGGGAAUAUUUCAUGUCCUGAUGUUUGUGUGUGUCAGAAGAACGAAGCAAUCUGUGAGGGACAUGGCAAACAACUGGAUUACAUUCCUCCUCUUCCUAGAAAUAUCACCUCUCUCACAUUUAGUCGUAAUUCUCUGCACCACAUGAGAGAUAACGUUUUCGAUAAUAUAUCCCAUCUACACCUUACCAAACUUGUCUUAAGAAGGAACAGCAUUAAUCAAGUGAAUAAACGUGCUUUCCGGAAACUUCCUCACCUACUAUCCCUGGACCUUAGUGACAACAAUUUACAUGCAAAGAAACUUAAGAAAGUAGUUCAUGGAUUACAGACUGGGGUCAUACAGGAACUCUAUCUCACACAGCUGCAUAUGGCUAAUAUGUCAGAUGACUUUUUUGUACAGUUGAAAAAAUUAAGACGAAUUUACUUAGACGACAAUGUGCUUUACAAUUUCAGUGGAAACUUGUUGUCGUUACCCCAACAGAUGCAACUGAUUUCAUUGACGAACAACGAAAUUUCAUUUGUUGAAUUCAAGAGAGUGAUGCCGAAUAUGGAAGUUCUGAAUCUGAGGAAAAACAAAUUACUAUUAGUUCCAAAAUUCUGCUUUAGUGGCAAACCAAGUUUCCCGAAGCUUAAAGUUCUUCACCUGAGUGAUAAUCUAAUAUCCGUCAUAAAGAAAAGAAAUUUCAUGAAAGAAUGCUUGCCAAAUCUUCGAAAUCUAACGCUUGGAUAUAACAAAAUUCAGACCAUCGUUAAGAACUUCAUAAAUGGCUUACCUAAUCUUCAAUAUUUGUCACUCGAAAACCUUGCACCGGAUGUAACAGUUAAUGAAUAUUCUUUCAAUAGUUCUUCUUUGACGUUUUUAUACAUGGCAAACAAAAUGAAUAUUAUCAGUCAUGCUGUAAAUAUUUUCCAACAUUGUCGUAAUUUGAAAAUACUAGAUAUGACUGGGAUACAGCUUAACGCGUCACAUAACCUAGACUGGAAAUUGUUCAAGCUUUUUCGGCCUCUCACGAAACUUCAGGAACUUACAUUAAAAGGUACCGCUGUAUCAACCUUCCCGAAAACCCUCUUCACCAUCAUGCCAAACCUGAAAAAGCUUUCCUUACAAAACUGUUUUAUAAAUGAAUCCCACUUGGGGAUAUUUUCAUCGACAUCAGUAAAUUUGAAGACUCUUCUUUUAGAUUACAAUCUGAUAACUACUUUGACUAAAACAAACCUUCCAGAUCAUAUUGAACAAAUUGGCUUGAAAGGAAAUCCCUUCUUGUGUACAUGUAAUCUAGUUUGGUUUCGAGGGUGGAUUCAACAUCAUUCACAUCAGCUUCUCGGUUGGCCAAAAGAGUAUGUAUGCAAUCUCCCACAGGAAUGGAAAGGACGGAAUCUCGCUGAUUUCCAUCUAAGUUUCCAAUUUUGUCACCCUUUCAAUCCAUAUAUUCUGGUGGCUGUAUCGGUAUCCUUUGCAGUGAUUGUCAUCGUUAUAGUUUCGUGUGUAUUAUACCAAAAACGCUGGCAUAUUAAGUACUAUUUAUACCUCUUGCGUGCCAAAAGACGAGGUUAUGAAAUAUUAGGAGGCGAUGAAUUUGCCUUCGAUGUUUUUGUAGCUUAUAAUUCUAAUGAUAGAGUAUGGGUUAUUUCAGAAAUUGUACCAAAACUAGAGAAGGAAGCAAAAUUCAAACUUUGUCUACAUGACAGAGAUUUCCAAGUGGGAAAACUUAUCGUAGAUAAUAUAACCGACACCAUGCAUAGAAGCCGAAAGAUUCUUAUCAUUUUGUCUAACAGCUUUGCACAGAGCCAUUGGUGUCGAUUCGAAACCAUGCUGGCACAGUUGCGAACAAUAAAUAAGGAAAAGGAGAUGGUUAUUGUAAUUAUUUUGGAAAAUAUCCUUACAAAAAAUAUGACCAACUCUUUACAUGUUCUGCUGAAGACAACCACCUUCAUAGAGUGGACCAAUGAAAAAUCGGGGAAGGAAAUGUUUUGGAAUAGAGUGAUAUCCGCAAUCAAAUAUUAAUUAAAAAGACAUUUCAAAUUUCUAGCAAAAAUAUACAGGAUUUUCAAAGAAUAUGUUAAAGUGUAUAAGUGGUGUUUUGUCAGGAACAUUAGUAGUCAUACUUUUUUU